AUGCCGGUUCGGUGCCAGCAGAGCCCGGUGCUGGCAGGUAGCGCCACCAUGGCCACCCUGGGGGCACUGAUGCUAUACCUCACCAAGCCCUUCAACUACGGGAAGCACAUGGAGAUCCCGGCGCCCGGGGGUACCUCCUGCCUGCCCGCCCGCACCGCCUGGUUCCUGCAGGAGCUGCCCGCCUUUGUGGUGUCCGCAGGGAUCCUCGCCUGGCAGCCCCGCUCUCUUUUCGGACCGCCUGGGACUUUGCUUCUGGGCCUCUUCUGCGCACAUUACUUUCACAGGACUUUUAUUUAUGCAUUGCUCACCAGAGGGAGACCUUUUCCAGUUGCCUUCCUUUUCAGAGGAAGUAUCUUCUGUGUUGGAAAUGGGUUCCUUCAAGCCUACUAUCUGAUUUACUGUGCAGAAUACCCUGAAGAGUGGUACACCGACAUCCGGUUUAGCCUGGGUAUCUUCCUAUUUAUUUUGGGAAUGGGAAUCAACAUUCACAGUGACUAUAUAUUGCGCCAGCUCAGGAAGCCUGGAGAAAUCACCUACAGGAUUCCACAAGGUGGUUUGUUUACAUAUGUUUCUGGAGCCAAUUACCUUGGCGAGAUCAUUGAAUGGAUCGGCUAUGCCUUGGCCACUUGGUCCCCUCCAGGACUUGCGUUUGCCUUUUUCUCACUUUGUUACCUUGGCCAGCGAGCUUCUCAUCACCACAGGUUCUACCUCAAGAAGUUUGAAGACUAUCCCAAGUCUCGGAAAGCCCUUAUUCCAUUCAUCUUUUAA